AAAAGGAGGAGGAGGGUGAUGAGGAGGGAGAAGAAGAAAGAGGAGGAAGUUUUUGAAGGAAAGGAGGAGGAUUAUGAAGGAGAUGAGGAAGACAAUGAAGGAGAGCACGAAGACUAUGAAGGAGAGGAGGAGGACUAUGAAGAAGACGAAGAGGAUGAAUUCAAAGAGGGGGACAAGGAGGAGGCUGAGGACGAGGUCAAGGAGCAGAAGGAAGAGGACAACAAAGAGGAUGCUGAAGUUGCUUCUGGCGCCUGUUCUCCUGAGCAUAGAGUGCAGGAUAUUGCUACUCAGUGUAAACAGGAAUAUUUUUUCCGAGAAAGUAUCCCAAUGUCUGUAUUAUGCUUCUCUGAAGAAGUCGCUGAAUAUAAGUAUGAAAAUUCUGAUGAAGAGGAUCAAGAAACUGGAGGCAAGAAGGAGAACGAAGAGGAUGAAAAUGAAGAACUGGGUGAAGGACUCAGAAAGGAUCUAGACUCAGCAGAGGACAGCCCCAUCAAAAAAUCCAGCUUGGAGGCAAGAAAGAAAUAGAUGGAGAAAGAAGAAAUUAAUUUCCUUUUCGUGAAUUUUCUAGUUUUCAGUAGCUCAAACCACUGUUUUUGUUAAAGUUCAUUACACAAAAUGAUACCAACUGAUAUCUGACUUUACUCUUACCUAUUACACAUAUA